UACUACGGGCGGGGUGGUUGAAUCCGCUUUACGAGGCAUAAAACGCAUCAUCUUCGCCUUGACAACCGGCCCGCAUCCGAGUCUUCCUCUGUGUUUAUUUUUAGUUCGUUGUCGGCCGCUACGUGCUACUCUCGUUCAACACACACGUCAUGUGCCCCCUCCGUCAAUAAUUCAUAUGCUGUAGGCCUGCAGCGCAGAAUCACAGCUACAACCGCGAGCCAACGGACGCGCCGCCGGAGGAGCGAUGCUCCCCAAAACUAUGAGGAGACACUCUCGGAGAGCCCAGACACCACCUUCUAUGAGCACAGAGUACCAGGACAAGUUCCUUCACCCAUGCUGCUACAAAACUGUCAUCUCAACCUCAACACAGAAAAAUCCUUACCACCCACUGAAGGCGACAAGUAACGAUGUGUCCACUUUUAAAUUAUGCUAUGUGACCCACAAACGGAUCCACAAAAAUCCACCAAAGGCCUCACAGCCAUCUGUGCAGCCAAAACGCCAACAGAGAUGCAGCAGUGCUCCUGACAAUCCUGCACAGUCCGCAGCGAGCCACACGGAACCCAAGGAGGACGCCUACAUGUCAGUGUACCAAAGGGAUUUCCAAACAUGGAAAGUAAGCAAGCGGCAGUCACACAAGCUUAUUGACAAUUUGAAGGUCGACCAAGGAUUAGUUGUCCCUCUUGGCGGUUCCAAAGAAGGUCGCGCACAAAAACGUUCUGUUCAAUUUGCAGCGAACUCUAAAGCAGUCCCAUGUGUGCAAAACCUAAAACCUUUUGAAGGGAUCACCAGCUACAGAUCUGAUUUUGUCUGCCAUCCAGUGCAGCCUGGGGCAUGCAGGAAGAAGCCUGCGCACCAACCCAACAAAGGUCUGCCCUUAGAGCCUGCAGUGUACGUGAGCUCAGAGAUGACGAGGGGCACAAACCAAGAACCUCUGGAUGAAGCCAGUGAAUUGUUCCAGGAAUUCAUGACCUUGUCUCUGGAAAACAAGUUCCAAGGCCAAGACAAAGCCAAAGAGUCGAGUCCGCCAGCAGAUCACAAGGUCUUCUCUACAACACAUGCAGACUGCAUGGCACAGGAAUGUAAGCCCACCACACCAGUCCUGCCAUCUAUGCAAACCAGAGAGAAAAGCAAGAUGCCCUUUCAGACAACUACAAUGAAGGAGGAUUAUAAAGCUUGGUACACUCCACGACACCUCCCUACUGUCUCCAAAGAAGAGUUGGACUGGCCUGGGAAAACCAGCUUUUCAGUGCACACACCUAAGCCUGCUGACAGAUGCAAAACAAGCUCAAAAUCUCUUAGCCUUCAUCCCAAACUAAGUGAGCCUGCAGUGAGUAAUUCCAACUCCAACACCAGUGAGAAACCUCAGUAUAUUGCUGAAGAUGGAGUAUUUUCCAGCUUUGACUCACCACCGGGACUGAAGAAUUCCGGAGAUACUGGACCAACUCUUGACAGGGAUGUCAUUUGGAGCCAUCAGAGGAUCACCGAGUCAUUUGCUGGAUAGGGUCUAGCAGAAGUUAAGGCUUCCUAGAGACCAGGCAGAUGAUGAGAUGUGCUGCCACACAUGACCUCAGAUAGUUUUGGACAUUGACACGAAUAAAAGCCAUAAAUGGAAUUGA